AUGACGAAGAAGCUCAUCUAUUGCAUGUCCAUCAUGGUACUGGCCCUGUCCACUGUUCAGGCGGCCCGAACAGGGCUUGGUUCGCCGCUACACAAUAUCCCGCACAAGUUGAACGGUCGUGAACUGCACCACCACGGCAAAGGUGCAACCAAACACAUGUCCCCGGGAGCGACAAUGAAGGGCCGGACAGCGAAUCAUAGGACGACAAUGAUGAGCAAACAGAAAACCGUGUCGUCAUUCAGUGGGUCGCAUGUGUCUGCAUCUUAUCAUUGGGAACAUGAAGGGCCUGAUGAACCGACGCCUACCACAUUUUCUCCGGCACAAGAUCCAACACUACCUAUGGUGCCUACCGCGAACAGCCCAUUUGGACCAUCUUCAUCCCCGCUCACUGCAGAGCCAUCACCCAGCCCAGCCCCAGCGGUCUUGAAGGCCCACGAUAGUCCAAAUCCCACAAUGAGCAAUAUUCCAUUCGUGCCGUCUACUCCUGGAGUUGAUCGUUGCAGUGAGACUCCUCCACUGGUGGCUGUGUGCACGGAUAGUAUGGUGCCAUGUUGGGUCAAUCAGACGUUUGAAUUAUCCAUUGUGGUUCCAGAGGACAAUCAUGGAGACAACAUUACUUUGUUGAGCCUUACAGUUGCCGACGAUACCGUGGAACCAAGUUUGUUCAACUUUAGCCGUAACAUUUACGGCUUUGAGCUUCAGGGUGGGGAUAGGAUUUCUGCUUCCCUUACCAUUCUGUUGGAAUGGCAGUUUCGAAAUGCCUAUACCAACCUUGAAGCUGUGCUUACUGCUAAAACGAGCUCGGGAAGCCAUUGUGAAGUCUCCGAUUCACUAUCCCUGCUGGAUGUAUUUGACAUGGUUUCGUACUCGCCGCCCGCUUGUCCAAUGUCCGCAACCGCAACUCAACCUUCUGCUGCGUCUUGUGGGUAG